GGUUACUAGAGGGUCGGUUUGCCCGGGAGACCCGCUGUCUAACCGCUUUCCCCUUGUCAACCAGACGAGACGGCCGACGCCCCAAAUCGAACAAACAAAAACCAAGUAAGCCACCAACCGACCCCCCAACAGUUAAGGCAACUCGGGAUCAUCGCUGACACAUUCUCGGCUCCGCCGCGACUUUCACUUUCGAUUUUCAGAACUCUGGCGCGGAAAACGAAACCGGCGCUGCCCCCGCCCGUCUCUCUUCGCGUUUUGCUCCAAAUCGAGAGAGGCAGCCCGAGCGCGAACACUGUGCAAGGAUGAGUUCCCCACCUUACAGGAGACCCCUGAAGGAGAAGCUCCAGCACCUGCAGUGUCACUUCACCUGGGACUUUGAGAUCAAAGACAAGGUGCACAUCAGACACAUCUUGCAUACUCUGACCGUCCGCCUGGAGCACGACCCCCUCUAUAAGCGGGGCACCUACCUUGCCCUGAAGGCCUAUCUGCGCCACCUGGAGGGGAGCCCCAAAGGGGCCCUGGCCAUCCUGCAGGAAGCCAAAGAGGUCUUGAAGAACGAGCCUCCAGAGACCUUCUCACGCCAGGUCCUGCUGGUGUACGGGAACUACGCCUGGAUCUAUUACCAUUUGACCGAUUAUGACAAGGUGGAUCUCUACUUGGCCCAGAUCCGCCAGAUCUGCCGGGACCUGUCCAGCCCUGAGCCCUACUCGGCUGUGAUCCCGGAGGUCUACGCCCAGAAGGGUUGGUCUCUCUUGGCCAUGGGCUUCCGGAACGGCCAGCUGGCCAAGGAGUGUUUCCAGAAGGCCCUGGCGCUGCAGGGACCAAGCGUGGAGCUGCAGGAGGGCCUGGCCUUCUCCGCCUUUGCUUCCUGGACACACUGCUACGAUGAGAAGUUACAGAAAGAGAGCCAGAAGUUGCUGGAAGGGCUGAUCUGCAGCCACCCUGAAAAUUAUGAAGCCAAAGUAUAUUUGGCACAGAUUCUCCGUAAGAAAGAUGAUGAAAGAGCAUGGCACCUUGCUGAAGAUGUGGUCCAGAACAGUCUCAACCCGGAACUGCUGAGAAUUGCGACCAAGGUUUAUAAGGUCCACUCUCUCUCCCAGGGCAUUUCCACCCUGAAGAAGGCCAUCGGCCUCUGCGGUGAUUACUAUCUCCUGCACUACGACCUUGGCAUCAGUUACAUGGACCUCUUAGAUCGAGGAACCAAGGGGAAGCGAGCGGAGAUUGUGGAGGACGCCAUUGGGUGCUUCAGACGGUCUCUGGAAGGCAAUCCUGAAUCCACAUUUUCCCAGCUGAAGCUGGCAAAGUUGUACGGAGAAAGGUGCCAGCUUUACGAGGAGGAGGUCUACCUGGGCAUAAUGGAGGACCUGCCAACCGCCAGCAAGAGAUGCCAGCAAUCUUUCUAUCUGCACUGGGGGGAUUUCCUCCUCCGCAAGAAGGGGCAGAGGCAGGCAGCGCUGCGGGCGUACAAAGCCUGCUUGGAGGUGCCAGGAGACCACCCUCUGGAGCAGAAGCAGCUGUGGCUGCGUCUGAAAGAGCUGGCCAGGGUCUUUCGUUCGGAAGGCGACACGGAACAAGAGAGUGCUGCCCAGAUUCUGCUGAGCAAACUGGCAGCAAAACGUGAGGGGGCGCCCUCUGCAGCGCUUGCCUCACCCUCACGUGACUCUCCCUAGGAGCCAGCUGGGAAUAUCGGGGUGCUGCAACCCAAAUGGGUGGUGCCCCCUCGCAGCCCUGAGCUACUCCUGGAGUGUUGCUGGAAAGCAAUAUAACGUUUGUGCAACCUCUCCCUCCUUCCCUUCCCUUCCCCUCUUUAUUGCAUGAAUACUCCAGGGAGCACUCUGGACAAUUCUACAACUAGCUACAAGAUAUAAUAUUGUGCCAGGUGCUACGCGUUGACACUUAAAAUCCGAGCGUGACUUGUGCCACCAAGUAGAAUUAAGGAGGAUCUAGUUAAGAGGUUUCCAAACUUGACAACUUUAAGACUUGGGGACUUCAGCUCCCAGAAUUCUUCAGCUCUGCUGGCUGAGGGACUCUGGGAGUCGAAGUCCACGAGUCUUAAAGGGACCAAGGUUGGAAACCCCAGCUCUGUUGUAUUAGAUUUUGUGUGCCAUAUACUAACCCUUUCCCCUACCACCAUCUAAUGCUCCUACCCUGCCUCUUCCUUUUUUGGUCUUCUGCUUGUUUCAGAUACCUUCUUAUAACUUUCAGCUUUCCAAAAUCGUUAUUUUCUUGAUUUUGCUGUAUUUUUAAUUGCCUGCACCUCACUGUCCUUACGGGGUCCGUUGACCAUAAUAAAGACUGCAGA